AUGCGCUUCAUAACAGUAUUAAUUCUCGUUGCUUUGACGUUACUACAUCAAGUCAGUAGUUCAACAGAUCAACUUCCUAGUGUUAUACAACUGAUAAAUAAAGAUGAGCGAUUUACAAUCUUGGCCUUGGCACUGCAAGCUAUUGGUGUUACUGAAGCAGAUGAUGUGGAAGGUCCCUAUACUUUCUUUGCUCCAAAUGAUGCAGCGUUCAAUGCGGUACCACGAGAUGUGGUUGAACAUUUUUCAGAUCCGAAAAAUGUAGAAGAACUUGGUGCACUCCUUUCAUACCAUGUCAUCCCUGAAAAAGCAAUGACUGCAGCUCAAAUACAAGCCUUGAGUUUACCAACACAAUUGAAGACUUUGAUUGACGAUUCUGUUACAGUGAGCAGGGACAAUAAUCAGAUUAAAGUCAAUGAUGCAACAGUGAUUGCAAGUGAUAUUAUCGCUAAAAACGGUAUUAUUCAUGUCAUCGACAAAGUUUUGAUACCAAAAGCGAAAACUGAUUAA